AAAAAAAAAAAAAGAAAAAAAACAAAAGAAACAGAUUUGUUCUCUCCGUUGGUGGUGGUUAUGAAAUAGAAACAUGAGAGCAAGAAUCAAUGUCUGUCUUUUACAUCCUGCAGAAACAAAAAAAAAAGUAGAUGAUCUUCUCUAGCCUAAAUGUGUAAUUAAGACCAUCAAAAAGCUGAUUAAUGGCUGAGGAGACAGUACGUUGUUUGCCUGAUUCACCGGAUGUAAACAGAUCAUGGAGAAGGCUUUCCACUAGAAAGCUGAGUUUUCUAUACACCGAAGAGACCCUUCUUCCUAAUUACCUCAGGUCUCCCACUGGUUCUUGUCACGACGCCUGCAAGUACGGAAGAAAACAAGAAUCUCAAGACAAGCCUAGAGUCUCGCCUCUCAAAAGGGUUAACAGAAGCUUCUCCGGAACUCUAAGCUUUGAUUCACCUUUGAGGAAGAAGAAGGCAUUGACCAAAUCAGUGUUGAGUCCUUCUCUUGGUUCUGAUGGUGGAUGUGAACAUGAGGUGAGCAAAGUUGGACACAGGUCAAGGUUAAAGGCUGUGUCUUUAUCAGAUUCUAAGAGGAAGAAGACGGUUUCACACUCUUUCAAAGCUACUGUUGUGUCAAGGAGGAGAGCGGUGGAGAUGGUUGAGCAGAACAAGCGUGUCACUGCUUUGAAGCUGAAGUCUGUUGCGCAAACAGCAGCUAUGGCUCUUAGACGCAGUACUGUGAAUAGGAAGAAGGUUAGUGGAGGAUCUGAAGCUUCAGAAACAAAGAAAGUAGUUCUGCCUUUGAGAGCUAUAGUGACUCCAAAGCGGUGUUCUCGAAGCUUGAAGACAAAGAAGGAGAGCAAUAGCUUGAGUAGUGUUCCUCUAAAGCAAAAGCUGGUGGAAGAAAAGUGUAAAGACUUGGUUGAAGAGAAGACUCUUUAUGUUAUUAAGAUGAACACAGGGAAUGAGACUGUUGCAUCUGAUCAGAACCAAAGAUGUGUCAUGGAUCCUCCUAUUGAUGAUCCAAAGAGUGAAAAGUGUCAAGAUGAAGCUGUGUGUGUUGUGACUGAAGCUAAUGAUGAAUCUCCUCAACAAGAGGAAGUAGAAGAGGCUGAUGAGAAUGAGAAUGAGUCUCUCUCUGAAGAUGAGAACACAACAAGGCAAGCCAAAAGCAAACCCAUCUCAACAGAAUCUACUCUAGACGGCAAGUCGAUGAAACUGAAAUUCAAAAGAGGAAAGGUCCUGGAUAUUGGAUCACAAGACAACAACAGUCCAAGAAAGCUCAAGUUCAAGAGAGGAGAAACCGAAACCAGAGCAGACACAUCCCCAAAAGCCUCAAGUCAGAGAAGCUUAAAGACCAAAGGAACAAACUUCAGCAACGAGCCCAAACCAUUGGAAGUUGUUUUAAAACACCAAGACACAGAGGAGAAGAGUGAUUCUUCAAGAGCGUUGUUGUUCAACAAUGUGAUCGAGGAAACAGCUAACAAGCUUGUGGAGACUCGCAAGAGCAAAGUUAAAGCUCUUGUUGGUGCUUUUGAGUCUGUCAUAUCUCUCCAAGAAAGAAACUCUUCUCCAACAACAACGUAACACACAACAAACAUCAUUCUUCUCUAACUAAAUAUUAUUUUCUUAUGUUUCACAAGUGUUUAUGUAUGUAUGUAUGUAAAACAUAUGUAGAUGUAUAAGAGUGUAAUCAUCACUCGCAUAAAAUAUAUACAGUUUGUGAGCGUUGUCAUGUUCACUAAUCCUGUGAUUGUAUACAUAAAAAGAUUUAAGAAAGUUUAUGUUUUUAA